AGUCUGCCUGAUCAGAGCCAGAGUCUUUAAUUCGCAGGUCAACCGCCCCCGCCACCAUUCUUUUUAUUUAUUCCCUUCUUAAUUCCUCUUCUUCUUCGCCCCGGUUCGUCUUCUCUCUCUAAAUUCCCAAAUGAACCUAGCAACAGCCUUCGCCAUCAUCGUCUUCUCUGUUCUCAUCAGAAUCAUCCUCUGUUCUGUCAAUCCAAAGUUCCAAGCUUGCGAACCCAAAACCUGUGGAAACGGCCCCAACAUAAGCUACCCCUUCCAUCUCGUAGGUAGACAAGACCCCUUCUGCGGAUUCCCUCGUUUUGACCUUAUCUGUGCUCCCAAUGGCUUCCCAUCACUCAAUCUCUCCAAUACUCUGUACAUCGUCGGGGAAAUCUUCUACCGCAAUAAUUCUCUUCGAGUCUCCAACCCUAAAUUACAAAGCUCCAAUUCCAACAAUUGUCUCUCUCCUUCAAACAACCUUACUCUUUACGGCGACAGGUUCGAUUUCGCCCCGAACCAGACACAGUUGUUGCUGUUCUUCAAUUGUGACACGUCGUCGCUGCCGGAUGAUAUGAGAGAGAACAGGGUGGGGUGUUCGGAAGGGAACAGAACGAGGUCGGUGUUGGGUUUGGCGGUGGACGAUGAUGAGGAAAAGUUGAAGUAUGCAAAGGAUAAUUGCAGAGGCGGCGAGGUGAUGACGACGGUGGUGGAAAAUGUGGAAGGAGGGAUCGCAGAGGCGUUGGGAAGAGGGUUCGUGUUGAAGUCAGCGAACUGGACGGCGAGCAGGUGCGACGAAUGCAAGAGAAGUGGAGGGAGGUGUGGCUUCGAAUUUGAAGGGUAUAGAUUCAGGUGCUAUUGCCCGGACGGCGAUACUCAUCGGAGCUGUCCUUCUGAGAAUCGGGUGAAUAAGCUGCCAUUGAGAUUAGGAUUAGGGAUUGGAAUCCCGUUGGUGAUAACGAUUGGGAUGAUCGUAUGGUGGCGGUGGAAAAGAAAAUCCGAGGAUUCAGAUUCAAUUAACAUAUACGGUGGUCAUUCCCGCUUUGAGGGCAGCAAUGUGUACUUUGGAGUCCCUGUUUUCUCGUAUUCGGAGCUCGAAGCAGCUACCAACAAUUUUGACCCGACCCGAGAACUCGGAGACGGUGGCUUUGGCACUGUCUACUACGGUAAACUUGAAGAUGAACGUGAAGUUGCAGUGAAACGCCUAUACGAGCAAAACUAUAGACAAGUAGAACACUUCAUUAAUGAAGUCAAGAUCCUCACUCGCCUACACCACAAAAACCUCGUCUCUCUCUAUGGCUGCACCUCUCACCAUAGUCGUGAGCUCCUCCUUGUCUAUGAAUUUAUCCCAAACGGCACUGUCGCUCAUCACCUCCACCUUCACAGAGACCCAAAAAAGCCCACCGUUUUACCAUGGUCCACUCGCAUGAAAAUCGCUGUCCAAACGGCAAGAGCAUUGGUCUACCUCCACGCUUCCGACAUCAUCCACCGCGACAUCAAAACCAACAACAUUCUCCUCGACGAAGGCUUCAAUGUCAAGGUUGCAGAUUUUGGACUCUCGAGGUUGUUCCCUGACAAUGUUACUCAUGUUUUCACUGCUCCUCAAGGGACACCAGGUUAUCUGGAUCCUGAAUACCAUCAAUGUUAUCAGCUCACGAGCAAGAGCGAUGUUUAUAGUUUUGGAGUUGUGCUCAUCGAGCUCAUAACAUCAAUGGCAGCGGUCGACAUGAGCCGAGAUUCGGACUCGAUUAACUUGUCGAGUUUAGCAGUGAGGAAGAUUCAGAGGAGUGAGCUGAGUGAGUUGGUGGAUCCUUCUCUUGGGUUUGAGACUGAUGGGGAAGUGGAGAGGAUGGUGGUUCUGGUGGCUCAGUUGGCGUUUCGGUGUUUACAGAAUAACAAGGAAUGGAGACCUUCCAUGGAGGAGGUGUUGGAGACGUUGGAGAGGAUUCAAAGUGGGAGUGAUCUAGUACAGGAUGCCCCACGAUUGCCUCCAGAAUCGCCCAAUUGGGAUGAGGUUGGCUUGUUGAGGAACAUGAAGCCACCACCUCGUUCUCCAAACAGUGUUGCUGAUAAAUGGGGAAGUGAAUCUACAACGCCUGGUGUCAGUGGUUAAGCAAGUGUUCAUAUUAGGUUCUCUGUAUAAUAUAAUACAAAUACGGUAAGUUUAUAAAUUUUUACAUGUUAAUAUUGCACGAUCAAGUAUUCAAUUUCCCCCAAACAUUGUAUUUUGAUAAGAAUAUAAUCUAAUGACAAGUUUUUAAUUA